GCACAAAUUCUACGAAUCCCAUCUCCCUCGUUCCAUUCCCACUGCUUCUUCCGUUUCUGGGUCUCAGGUGGUAGCAGGUCCUCUAUUCUCUCUCACUUUUGCUUAAGAAGUGGGAGACCGAGGAGGUUUCCUAGAGAAGAAAGAAGGAAGAUCUUUUCCAAAGUAUGGCGGAGACAGAGGACAUUCAGCCCCUUGUUGUGGAUAAUGGGACUGGAAUGGUUAAGGCUGGUUUUGCUGGAGACGAUGCACCAAGGGCUGUUUUCCCCAGCAUUGUAGGUCGGCCAAGGCAUACUGGUGUCAUGGUAGGAAUGGGGCAGAAGGAUGCUUAUGUGGGGGAUGAGGCGCAAUCUAAAAGGGGUAUCCUUACACUGAAAUAUCCUAUAGAACAUGGAAUUGUUAGCAAUUGGGAUGAUAUGGAAAAAAUUUGGCAUCACACUUUCUACAACGAGCUCCGUGUGGCUCCGGAAGAACAUCCCGUGCUCCUCACUGAAGCACCCCUCAAUCCUAAGGCAAAUAGGGAGAAGAUGACCCAGAUCAUGUUUGAGACUUUCAAUGUGCCAGCCAUGUACGUUGCCAUUCAAGCUGUCCUCUCCCUUUAUGCCAGUGGUCGAACUACAGGUAUCGUGCUGGAUUCUGGUGAUGGAGUCAGUCACACAGUUCCUAUUUAUGAAGGUUAUGCACUCCCCCAUGCCAUCCUUCGGCUUGACCUUGCUGGAAGGGACUUAACCGAUGCUUUGAUGAAGAUUUUGACGGAGAGAGGUUACUCAUUCACCACAACAGCUGAGCGUGAAAUUGUCCGCGACAUAAAGGAGAAGCUUGCCUAUGUGGCUCUUGAUUAUGAGCAGGAGGUUGAAGCUGCUAAGAGUAGUUCAUCAAUUGAGAAAAGCUAUGAGUUACCUGAUGGCCAGGUAAUAACAAUUGGAGCAGAGCGUUUCCGAUGUGCCGAGGUUCUAUUUCAACCAUCGCUCGUAGGGAUGGAAGCACCUGGAAUACACGAGACCACAUAUAAUUCGAUCAUGAAGUGCGAUGUGGAUAUAAGGAAAGACUUAUAUGGGAACAUUGUGCUUAGUGGUGGCUCCACCAUGUUUCCUGGCAUUGCAGAUCGUAUGAGCAAGGAGAUUACUGCUCUAGCACCCAGCAGCAUGAAAAUCAAGGUGGUGGCUCCUCCAGAGAGGAAGUACAGUGUUUGGAUUGGAGGUUCAAUAUUAGCUUCCCUCAGCACAUUCCAACAGAUGUGGAUAUCAAAGGCCGAGUAUGAUGAAUCCGGGCCGUCGAUCGUUCACCGGAAGUGCUUUUAGAUAUGUCUUUGCGAUUCUCCGACGUGCAGGUUUUGAUUGUGUCUUGUGACAAUGGAUUUGCAGAUGAUUGGGUAAUAUGGUGUUUGGGUGGGCUUGUCUUUCCCUUUCUGUAGUCUUGUUUAUCUUGAGCUUUGAUAAAACCGUACGCAUAACACGAGCUUAUUAUACAUAUUUAGAUCUGCUUGAAUGAUGUAUCAGACUAUCGAGGAUGAUUGCAAUGGCAAUUUCCUGGCUGCAUCUAGAA